AAUACACUCUUGAAUUGAAUAGAAUAGAUCUGCAUCUAUGUCUAUCUGAGUGAAAUUUCUCACAAAAUUUAUGGUUAAUUUUCAGAGAGGAAGCUAGAACAACAAUUAAGAAAUGGCGAGAUCGAGCGUGGACGAUAAGGAGCUACGGCGAGCCUGCGAAGCCGCGAUGGAGGACACGAAACAAAAGAUUGUAUUGUCGGUCCGCGUUGCGAAAAGUAAAGGUGCAUGGGGUAAAGGAAAAUUUGGCAAAGGGGCUCAAAUGGCUAAACCUAGGGUUCUUGCAGUCUCCACAAAAGAUAAAGGUGCAAAAACUAAAGCGUUUCUCCGUGUCUUUAAGUAUACGAAUGGUAAUGUUCUUGAGCAAGCAAAAAUAUACAAGCUGAAGCGUCUCGGGAAGGUGGAGGUGGUAACUAAUGACCCCAGUGGAUGCACAUUCAUGUUGGGUUUUGAUAAUCUUAGAAACCAGAGAGUUGUUCCUGUUCAGUGGACCAUGCGCAAUCUUGAUGACCGGAAUCAUCUAUUGGUCUGUAUUCUUCAUAUCUGCAAAGAUGCAAUGGGUCAUCUACCGAAAGUUGUUGGUAUCGAUAUUGUGGAGUUAGCUCUUUGGGCUAAGGAACAUACAUCGACAGUUUCUAAGCAACAGAAUUUUGUAGAUGGACCUUCAGGAGAUGUGUUUUCAGAAGGUGACGCCGCACUUGAAGUUGAAAAUGAACUUGUUUCACAAGCAGAAGAAGAGGACUUGGAAGCUCUUCUAGGCACAUAUGUGAUGGGCAUCGGGGAAGCAGAAGUCUUUUCUGAAAGGCUAAAACGGGAACUUCAUGCUUUGGAAGCGGCAAAUGUGCAUGCAAUUUUGGAAAGUGAGCAUAUGGUACAUGAGGUGUUGAAGGGGAUUGAGUCAGCCGCAAUUUGUGUCGAAGAUAUGGAUGAAUGGUUGGCACUUUUUAAUGUAAAGCUCAGGCAUAUGCGCGAGGAUAUUGAGGCGAUAGAAACACGCAACAACAAGCUGGAACUGCAGUCUAUAAAUUAUAAAGGUUUAGGUGUGGAACUAGAUAAGCUUCUUGAAAAACUGCAUAUCCCUUCGGAGGUUUCAGAUUGUCUAGCUGGAGGCUCCUUUGAGGAGUCAUCCCUGCGUAAAUAUAUUGAAGCAUGUGAAUGGCUCAGAAGUGCGUUGCAAGGUUUUGAUGCAUUGGAUCCCAGCUAUGCAAAAGUUAGAGCUGUUAAGGAAAAGAGGGCAGAACUUGAAAUUAUAAAGUUGACUUUCGUACGAAAAGCCUGUGAGUUUUUGAGAGACUUUUUCGUUAACGUGGUGGAUUCUCUAAUGAGUGAUAAAAGAAAUUUCUCUCAGCGUGGGCAACUAAAGGCGCCUAAUCAUGUUGAUCUUCACAACAAAUGCAGGACUUACGCUCGUCUGUUGCAUCACCUAAAGAUUCUUGAUAAAAGUUGCUUGCCUCCUUUGAGGAAAACUUAUUGUAACUCCCUUAAUCAGCUUCUAAGGCGUGAGGCUCGUGAAUUUGCUAACGAGCUUCGGGCUGGUACUAAAGCACCAAAAGUUCAAAGUGUAUGGUUUGAAGGUCCCACCCCCAACCAAAAUGUAAACACUUCCAUGGUCUCCGAAGCUUAUUCCAAAUUGCUAGCGGUUUUUAUCCCGCUCCUUGUUGAUGAGAGUUCAUUUUUAUCAUCUUUUAUGCGCUUCGAAGCUUCUACACCUGAUCCACCAAGUAUUCAUGAUGAUGAUGAUGAUGAUGAUGAUGAUGACGACGACUAUGACGAUGACGAUGAUGAUGACGAAGUGGAUGAAAAUGGCACCAUCAGGGGUGCAGUGGACUUGGGGGCAUUAAACGAGUCACUCUGCGAUUUACUAGAUGGGAUACAAGAUGACUUCCAUGAAACAGUGGAGUGGGCCCACAAGAUUGAUCCUUUGCUAUGCAUAUCGAUGCAUGCUAUAACCGAGCGAUAUAUUUCUGAUCAGAAAGCAGAAACAUCCGCAUAUGUGCGCCUCUUACUUGAUGCCGUGCAAGAUAGAAUCCGUCAAUUGUUUGUCCAUUUCGUAGACGAAGCUCGUCACCAAAUAGAAAAGAAUGACAAAGGUGUUAAACAAACGGGGAUCAUGUCAUUUAUACAUAGAUUUGCAUUGCUUGCCGCCCGCAUGGAGCAGUAUAUCCAGGGGCAAUCUAGGGAUUUGGUUGAUCAGGCAUAUAUUAAAAUUAUCGGAAUUAUGUUUGUGACUCUGGACAAUAUCGCCCAGGCCGACCUAAAACACUCAGAUAUUUUUCUUUUAGAAAACUAUGCUGCAUUUCAGAACGGUCUGUAUGACUUGGCCAAUUACGUGCCGACUUUAGCUAAGUUUUAUCAUCAAGCAAGUGAUGCGUAUGAACAGUCUUGUACACGCCAUAUGAGUGUUAUCAUAUACUAUCAAUUUGAGCGUCUUUUCCAGUUUGCUCGUAAACUUGAAGAUUCGAUGUUAACUAAUUCACCAGAAGAGGUUCAAUUCCAAGUUGGAAUGUCGAAAUCAGAUCUUAGAAAGGUGGUUAAAUCCAGUUUAACGGGGAUUGACAAACACAUCACUUCAAUGCAUAAGAAACUGAUGAAGAACUUGAACUCUGAAGAACUGUUUCCAAUACUAUGGGACAAAUGCAAGAAAGAAUUUUUGGACAAGUAUGAAAGCUUUGCUCAGCUUGCUGCAAAGGUCUACCCAAAUGAAAACAUUCCAUCCGUUAUAGAAAUUCGCGACAUUUUAGCAUCAAUCUAGAGUUAUUCACAUAAUCCACAUACGGAAAGUCAAAGAUUGAACGGGUUCAAGAUCUCAUAGAUGAUGUUUGAUAUUCCAAUCUGCACUGCUAUGAUUCUUAUAUAUAGAUGGGGUCCAAACUUGUAUAUCAUUUUAAAUUUUUUCUCUUCAUUUUCAUAAUGUCUUAACUUUAGUAUU